UAAAAUUGUAUGUUGUGCCAUGCCGUAUGUUAAAGUUAAAAUUGUAACCAAUCAUUAUUUAUUCAGUUUGUAGUAGAAAUACUUGAAUGGACAGAGCUUAAACACUAUAAUUAACGAUACUAAAAAUCGUAGAUGGUCUUUCGGAUCUGUGUUUAAAUGCAAAUAUAGCACGAAAAUGCCUGUACUGCGAAUCGACGAAGUUUAUCCGAAGCAAUCGCUUUAUCCUUUGAUAGUGCGCUUCCAGAAUGGGUAUACGACUGAAGAUUUUAAACCAACGCCUUGUGCUUGGUUUGAAAAUACUGUUACUGGAGAAAAGUCUAUGAUAACGGAGAUUGAGAACGUUAUAUAUGCCGGAACAGAAGAAAAAGGGCCUGGAUCGAGUUUUCUGCUUGCGCGGAACAAAAAAACCGGGAAAGUGAGAUUAAUUGAAGUCGGCAAUAUUGAGUUGAAGCCUGUUAUACAGAAUAAUAACAACACGACAGUGUUAGAUACAAGUAGUUUAGAAUUAAGCAGGAAGUUUGGUAGCAAGAAAGCUAAAAAAGUAAUGGAGCAGAUAGAGAAGUUGAAGGUGAAUAAGAAAACUGUUGUUAAUCAAAUGAGCAAUGUAACCGUUAAUAUUAAGGAGGAACAAUUAGACCUUUCUGUGUACUUGAAAACUGAUUCGAAUGAAAUGUACAUACCCCCAAUAAAUAGACAGGCUAAGGAAGUAACAGAUGUGUAUGAAAAAGAUAAGAUUUUAAGUAAAGAGCUGUAUGAAAAAAUUAUAUCUGAAAUUGAGAAUAAAGAUUACAGUUCAGAAUUAGCUCCGUGGAUAAAACAAUUAGCAGCCGUUAAGAGAGAUUUAAAAAAUGAAGACACUGUUCUAGCUUUGUAUGCUAGCUGUUUAGUGAAGCUUUACUUCGCAACGUGCAAAGAUCUAUUAAAGAAAUCUUAUAUAGCUUGUGAAAGUUCUGGAACGUUAAAUGAUUUUAUUUUAGUUAAUUUUACAACAUUCACUAACGGUAAGCGUAUGAGGUCAAUACAGUUGAAGGAUAAAACAUUUUGUCAUAUAAUUGUUUUGAUAUUGCUUUUAAAUAAUUUUAAAUAUGAACUAGACGAGUUAUGUCUAAGUUUCAAAUUCGCACUGAGGACACUAAAUACUAAAAUAAGAGUUACCGGUGCAUCUAUAGUGAAUGGUGAAAGUGGUAAAAUGGUUCAACUUAAGUUACCACUGUCUACCCCUGGCCUGAACAGACGCAAGAGUGCUAAGUUUUAAUUUAAGUAUUUCAAAUUGCUGUCGUAAUCUACAAUAUCGUUGGUUAAAUAGAAAA